CGGAACCGCCAUCUUGAAAUACGUACGGCACAUCCUCCCCUUUUUACGUUGCACGGAGAGGGUCUUAGACCAGAGAAGGGGGUCGUUUGGCCCUAGUAUUCACAUUAAGUGAUCGGAAACACGAUAAUUUAACAGCAAUGUCAAAACAAAGCAUAAUGGACCGCGUAACAGCGGCAAAACACAGCAUUGCAGGCCAAGGAUUGGCCAAGGUUGUGUGUAAAGCCACUACCGAGGAGGUGAUGGGACCCAAAAAGAAACAUUUAGACUAUUUAAUACAGUGUACAAAUGAACCUAAUGUCUCCAUCCCCCAGCUAGCUGAUCUUCUAAUCGAACGCACCCAACACCAGAGCUGGGUCAUUGUAUUCAAAGCCCUCAUCACCACACACAACCUAAUGAACUAUGGAAACGAAAGGUUUACACAGUACCUGGCUUCCAAUAAUUGCUCCUUUAACCUGGCGCAGUUCAUCGACAAACAGGGAGUUCAAGGGUAUGACAUGUCAACGUUCAUAAGAAGGUAUUCCAAAUAUUUAAAUGAGAAAGCUGUCUCCUAUCGUCAAAUGGCCUUUGAUUUCUGCAAAGUCAAAAGAGGCAAGGAUGAUGGAUUAUUGAGGACAAUGAAUGCAGAUAAGCUUUUAAAGACCUUACCAGCGCUUCAGAAGCAGUUAGACUCACUGUUAGAAUUUGAUUGUGCUCCAAAUGAGCUUACCAAUGGUGUGAUCAACGCCUGUUUUCUUCUGAUGUUUAAAGACCUGAUAAGAUUGUUUGCUUGUUAUAAUGACGGCAUCAUUAAUUUAUUAGAAAAAUACUUUGAUAUGAAUAAAAAGCAGUGCAAAGACGCUCUCGAGAUAUACAAGAGAUUUUUAGUGCGGAUGGAUAAAGUAUCGGAAUUCUUGAAAACGGCGGAAAAUGCUUCAAAAAAUCCCCAUCAGAGUGUGGGUAUUGACAAAAGUGACAUACCAGACCUGGCUAAGGCCCCCUCCAGUCUCCUUGAUGCCUUAGAGCAGCAUUACCAGUCACUAGAAGGAAAAAAAGGGGUGACAACUCCAGUCAGCGGCUCCAAGCCGGUGGGUUUUGCAGCAGCAAUUAGCACAAUUUCUAAUAACACACCAACAAUAAAUGUCUCGGAGGAGGAACGUCAGCGAAUCCUGGACGAGGAAAACGCCCGCCUCCAACAGCUCAAGGAACAGCUUGGCAAGAGCACUGCUGACUCUCCAAUUAAGGAGCAGAGACUAAAGGAGCUAGGGCAGUCUCCGCAGACCCCCUCCAAUAACCCAUUCACCACCCAGACACAGAACGGGACCAGUGAUCUGCUGGGGUCCCCCUCUAAGUCGGCCCAGCCCCCCUCAGCCAGCGACGACCUACUCAGUCUCACGGGGAACCCUUUUGUUCAGAACGUACAGAACGUCAUGGCCAUGCAGACGGCGACACAAGCCAUGAGUCAACCCAACUCCUUUGCCCAGUGGAAUAAUACACCGAAUCCCAGCAUUCCUGCUACGAGUGGUUUGUUCACGUCCGAUGCCGAUUUUGAGAAAGUGUUCCCAAACCAAUCCACCACCACAUCUACGGACCUGCUGUCUCAAGAGGACACUCUAGAAUCUCUAGAUCCCCUUAAGCCCACCUCCCAGUUGUCGACGGUAACCACCAAUAGCGGGCUGGCGUCCGGGGGGAUCUUUAGUGUGGAUUGCGCUGUAGAAGACAACACAUCUCUGUUGUCCUCCUUUGGGAGUUCUGACGUAGCAGGCCUCGCUUCCUUUGGGAGAGGAACAAACGUCCAGGGAGCUGGUUGUCCCAGUCCUACCAUUGGAAACAUCGGUUCUGUAGGUGGUCCCAGUCCUACCAUUGGAAACAUCAGUUCUGUAGGUGGUGCAGGAGCCACGGCGAUGGGAACCACCUCAGUCUACUCUGGGCCACCAAUGCCUGCUAGUCCAGCCCUCCAGCACAGAAGCUUGACUCCUACCUUUAAAGAUUCAGCUCCAGGACGUGUAAGCCCCGCCCUUGUUUCCACUGACCAAUCAGGAUUUGAUGCUUUUGGUGAAGUCUUAAAACCAACAGCCACUGUAGACGGGGUGAACAACACAAGGAAUGAAAAACUCAUCAACAAAGACCUCGACUCCAGUCUCUCACAACUGGCGGGCAACCUUAAUAUCAAAGGCUCAGGGUCACAGGUCAAAAAACAACAGCAUGACUGGCAGCCAAAGGGUGAGCAGAAGAAGACGGGGGGUCAGAACUGGCAGGGAGUGACCCCCGGGGUAUCGUCCACCACCUGGACCACCCCAAGCUACGGUCAACCCAUGGUAAAUAGUCAGCCCAAUUUGACUAACCAGUCUACCAUGGUUAACUCUCAGCAGCCUGUGAUGAUGGCCCCUGUUAUGGGAUAUGGUGUACAACCAAUGAUGCAGCAACCAGGUAUGAUGGGCAUUAGACCAAUGGGUAUGCAACCAGGGAUGGGAAUGCAACCUGGCAUGGGGAUGCAGCAACCCAUGGGAAUGCAGCAACCGAUGAUGUACGGAAUGCAACCUGGCAUGGGAGCCAUGAUGUCACAGCCACGCCCACCUGCACAAACCAAUCAGGAUCCAUUUGGAGCAUUAUGAAAAUUGUCAUGUUAUAUCCAUCAUUCAGGAAGAGACUUAGUCGUGUGAGUGUUUGUGAACCAGAUUAGGGCAGGGAACAAGUGUAUACAUCAUUGCCAUGGCAACCAUGAACUUUUACAUUCCUACUCAAAUCCAUAUCUGAUCUAUGCACAUGAAAAAAAUGGCUCUCAAAUAUGGCUUUAUCCAAAAACAGUAUACUGUAUGAAAGGUCAAGGACAUAAUUAUGUAGCAUGACCUCUGACCUACCAGUACUACAGUAACUGUAAACUACAUAGAAACUCGUAGAACCAGAGGCCAGCUAGUCAUUCAGUUGUGCAAUUGUGAGGAGGCCAUUGUAACGGUUUUGUUAAUCUCAUCCCCUGUGUCUGAGAGAGUGUGAGCUGAGAACCCAAAUCACGUCAUUGUGUUACAGUCAUGUCAGCAAGUCAAAAUCACGUGUAUAUAAUUACAAUGUUACUGCGUAGUCCAGAAGUCAGCAUCACACACAACAGAAGUGUUAGUCAGGAGAGAAAGAGAGAAUGGUUGUGCUUUUAUUCUGUUGGCAUGGUAACUGUUACCAUGGCUAUGUUUAUGCCAUGACCUCAUACUUUUCUACUGCACAUUUAGGUUGUUUGUUUCUGAAUUGAUUGCAGAUCUAGAUGAAGCCAGCAUGUUAGGUUUGAAGAUUGUUUACAACAAUGUAUUUAAAUCAAGUAGUAAGCUGUAACAAGUGAUGGAUGGUCAUUCAUUUCUGUUAUAAACUCUCGUAUUGUGUGAGUGCUAAACAAAUUCAUUGUUAUCAUUUUUUGUUGCAAUGUUUAUCCUGUGUUAUACUGGUAUAAAUGGAAAUAUUAAUGUUAAGUUUUAGUAUAAUGGUGCCCAAAAUACAUUAAAAUAAUAUUAAUAUAUACACAUAUUAUUCAAUGUUGUAAAAUUAUUUAGUGGAAUGUACUUUAUGUAAAUAUCAAUAUUAGGAGAAUUGUUGGUGAAUUUUAAAUUGAUGUCAAAAUGUGUUGGUCACUCCAAUAUAGAGGUCAUGGUCAGUUUUAGAUGACUGUGGCCGUUUUCUGAUCCCUCAAAUGUAGUUUGGACUCUUACAAGUUUUAAGGUAGCGCCUUAGUGGUCCUAGUUCCUUCAUUAUGCAGAACUUCAAUUAUCUGUGAUUGUUUAUUAGCACAGACACCUGUAUCAAAGAACAUCAACCCAGACACAUUCCAGACAGUCACAAAUCUUACACUUGAUUAAUUCAAAUGUUCUACAGAAACACAGAGCCAUCCUGGAUUUGGUUUAUAGCUAUUACCACUGUUCUUAAUAUGUAUAGUUUGGAUUUCCAUGUCAAAAUCUGGGAGAAAUUUGUAGUGUGGACUCCCUACAAUUAAUAUAGAUAAAAUGUCUUAUUAGAAUAUAGUAAAACGAAUCCAAUUUAAAGCAAAUAGAUUGUCAUAAUGAAUUCCAGUUUUUUGUGACAUAUUUGGCCAUGAUUUCUUAAGCAAGCAAAUAAAUUGUAACAGAAGAAGUAAAACUAAGUCAAGUGAGUGGAAAUUCCACCACAACUUCUGUCUAAACAAUGCAUGAAAACAUUCUGACUUUAUUUCUGACAAAUGAAAAAUGACCGAUGCUGCCAUAAUAAAUGUGAUAUUUUAGGAUCUGUUUGAGAACUUUUGUACAGAACUAUAGCAAGUUUCGUUCAGAUCUGUGUGAGAACUUUUGUAGAGAGCUGUAAGUUUCUGUUGAUCAGAUGUAGUUGCUCUAGACACAAUAAACUCAUUCUGCAUCUGGGAAA